AUGAAGCGCCCGUGCCAAAGGAACGCAACGAAGGGAGCGGCUGCUCAGGCCGCUCAGGCGGCCGCUCUCGGAUGGUACAGAUUGGUAAACGCUUGGUUCUACCCCCGCGGCGACUGGUAUACCUUCUACUGGGAUGGCAGCUCGGCCGACAAGGUCGCAAGGCGCGCUACCUACCCGACGCUCGAGCACGACGACCACGACCCCGGCCCCCUCGCAGAGCGCAUCAGGCGCGACAAGCGCGAGUUCUCCAUUUUCGGCGCAGAGCGCAUCAGGCGCGACAAGCGCGAGCGGUCCGACCGCUCCUCCGACGACUCCUCCUCCGACCGCGACUCAUGCGGCACCGGCUCCACUAGCGAGGCGAAUGACAUAUUCGACACCCUCGAAGACCAUCUCGGCUACGGUUCCGACUCCGGCUCCGGCUGGUAG